CCGUCUUUUGCACGUCUCCACUCUCUUGACGAGACAGAGCUCUGCUUUGGAGCUGCGACUACAGUUAGCAGAUCGAGGCUAGAUCGGCGAACGGGUGCAUACGCACACGCGUAGCCGCACGCAUACGAGCGUCUGUGACCUCCCUCUUCCUCAGUCUCCUCAAGUAUUGCGACAGACAUGGCGAAUCUCCCAAAGCCGUCUGAUUCGGCCAAGGGGGCCAAGCUGAGCGUGCUGCUCGGAACCCAGUGGGGUGAUGAAGGCAAGGGCAAGCUGUCCGACAUUCUCUGUCAGGAGAUGGAUGUAUGCGCUCGCUGCGCCGGAGGAAACAAUGCUGGACACACAAUCGUCGUCAACAUGGGCCCCGAGAAGGUCAAGACGAAGUUUGACUUCCAUUUGCUCCCUUCUGGGCUGGUCAACCCCAACUGCAUCGGCUUCAUCGGCUCUGGAGUCGUCGUACACGUCCCUUCGUUCUUUGCCGAGUUCGACGCCUUGGUCAAGAAGGGCCUCAACUGCGACAACAGACUCUUCAUUUCUGAUCGAGCCCACCUCGUCUUUGACUUCCACCAGGUCGUCGAUGGUCUAAAGGAAGUUGAACUGGGCGGCAGCAGUAUCGGCACAACGAAGAAGGGAAUCGGACCGGCCUACUCCUCCAAGGCCUCCAGGUCUGGUCUCAGGGUUCACCACCUCUACGACCACGACACUUUUGCGACAAAGUUCCGCAAGCUGGUAGACGGUCGCUUCAAGCGAUACGGCCACUUUGAGUACGACACCGAAGGAGAGAUUGCCCGCUACAAGGCCUUCGCCGAGAGGUUACGACCCUUUGUCGUCGAUGGAGUGAGCUUCAUUCACGCAAUGCUGGCUCAGAACCGACGAGUGCUAGUCGAGGGCGCCAAUGCCUUGAUGCUCGACCUCGACUUUGGUACCUACCCCUUCGUCACCUCUUCCUCGACAUCGAUAGGUGGAGUUUGCACAGGAUUGGGCGUUCCUCCCACUGCUAUUGGCCAGAUCUACGGUGUGGCCAAGGCAUACACCACACGUGUUGGCGGAGGUCCCUUCCCCACAGAACUGACCGACGAGAUCGGUGUACACCUGCAAGAAGUGGGCGCCGAGUGGGGCGUGACCACUGGCCGAAGGAGAAGGUGUGGCUGGCUGGAUCUCGUGGUGCUGCGAUAUUCGACCUUGAUCAAUGGCUACACUUCCUUGAACCUGACCAAGCUCGACGUGCUGGACCAACUCAAGGAGAUCAAGAUUGCUAUUUCGUACAAGGUCAACGGUCAGGAGCUCGCCUCUUUCCCUGCCGACCUGGACAUCCUGGCCAACGUCGAGGUGGUCUAUCACACCAUGCCCGGAUGGGAGCAGGACAUCAGUGGCUGCCAGACUUUCGAAGAGCUUCCCAAGAAGUGCCAGGAAUACGUCGAGUACAUCGAGGAGUUCCUCAGCUGCAGAAUCGAGUACAUUGGCGUGGGCGCAGGCAGGGAGUCGAUGAUUCACCGGAAAGCGGCCUGAGGGUCACAGAGAUAACGAACGCGCGGACGCCGGGUCAGCGUGGCAAUUUUGCCGAACUUCGACACGUGGUGUAUGCUGCCGGUCAGACGAUGAAAUUGAGCCGGUAUAGAGCUGUGCGUGGGUACUGACG